AUGGAGACUACGGCAGCCCUGGGGGACAGCCAAGGCCUGUGGAAGGGCAGCUACAGCCCUCAGGAGGCCUUGGAGCUGGCACUGCUUGACUGGGUGGCCGAGAUAAACCGACAGGCUUUGGAGCCAGGAGGAAGGACCCUGGAACACCCCAGCAUCAGCCUCAAGGGAGGAACAAGGCUGCAGCCUGGCACAGCGGGAGGACAGGAGGUCGUGCUCAACCCUCAGCCCUAUGACUCUGUUCCCAGUGGGGCAGACCAGCAUGGCCCUGAGCCCUGUGGCAUGGCACCAGGGGAGGAAAGGAGGAAGGUGACCUCGGAGCCUGAGAAGGGCAGUGGGAACAGGACCUCUGCCAGCGGGGAGGCUGGGUCCAGCCCCGUGGCCCUGCUGACCCUGGAGGAGGCUGGGUCUGGCCCCACGGUACCACUGACCCCCAAGGAGGCCAGGACCAGCCCCGCAGCACCAGUGACCCCAGAGGAGGACAGGUUGAACCCUACAGCACCGGUGACCCCAGAGGAGGCUGGGUCUGUCCCUGUGGCACUGGUGACCCUCGAAGAGGCCAGGUCCAACCGCGCAGCACCGCUGACUCUGGGGGAGGUGCGGAUGCUGGUGGAGCUCUUCUACUUGCCCUACCAUCAUGGGACACAGGCGCAGCAGCUCCUGGAGCACUUUCGGUGGCUCCGGGCAAACAGCCUCAGUGUGGGAGUCCCAGCCACAGCACACGCUGCCGGUGGGGGCACGCGUUGGCGCGGUCGAGCCCAGUCCUUCCAGCUGCUCUGCGCUCAGACAUGCCGCCUGCACAGCCGCUUCGUCAGCACCGCUGGACAGGCGCUGCUCUACGACCUCCACCCCUACCUCUGGGACAUCCGCAACAUACUGCUGGCCACCAGUGCCUUCAUCCUCUGGCUGGGGUGCCAGAGCAUCACUGCCCCGAUCCCGCUGGAGGGGACCACUGAGCCCUGGGCGUGUCCUGGGGGCCUUUUUGGAGAGCUGCAGGGGGAGCUUUACCAAAUGUGCCAGGAGAGUUUGGACUGUGACCCCACAGUCAGAGAGAUCCUUGCGGCCCAUCCUGAUCUCCUCGGUGACAGGCUGCUGGGCAGCUUCCUGAGCCUAAGCCCCGAGUACACGUUUGUGCUGGAGGAUGAGGGUGGUCUGUGCGGCUAUGCAGCUGGAGCACUCUGCGCUGAAGGCUUCCUGCAACAGCGAGACCACGGCUGGCUGCCGGCCAUGCGGUGCAAGUACCCCCGAGACCUGGGCGCGGGUGCUCCAGCUCUGGGACAGAGCCAAGCUGCCAUGGGAAGCUGCAGCAUGUGGGCAUGGCCGGAGCUGCUGGUGCUGCUGAGCAGUGUGUGGCUGGGGGAGGGCAGUGCUCAGCCCACCCUUCCGGGCCCCACGCACAGCCCCGGACCCCAGCUGAAGUUUCGCCUGGCCGGCUACCCGCGCAAGCACAAUGAGGGCCGUGUCGAGGUCUUCUACAACGAUGAGUGGGGCACCAUCUGUGACGACGACUUCACGCUGGCCAACGCGCACGUGCUGUGCCGGCACCUCGGCUUUGUGGCUGCCACUGGCUGGGCCCACAGUGCCAAGUAUGGCAAAGGCAUCGGGCGGAUCUGGCUGGACAACGUGAAUUGUGCUGGAGGCGAGAAGAGCAUCAGGGACUGCAAACACCGGGGCUGGGGGAACAGUGACUGCAGCCAUGAGGAAGAUGCGGGUGUCAUCUGCAAGGACGAGCGCAUCGCAGGCUUCAAGGACUCCAACAUCAUCGAGACCGAGCAGAGCCACGUGGAGGAGGUCCGCCUGCGGCCGGUGGUGUCCGGGGCCCGGAAGCAGCUGCCUGUGACAGAGGGUAUCGUGGAGGUGCGCUACAAGGAUGGCUGGGCACAGAUCUGCGACGAGGGCUGGGACAGCCAGAACAGUCGCGUCGUCUGUGGCAUGAUGGGCUUCCCUGCUGAGAAGAAGGUGAACAGGAACUUCUACAAGCGGUGGAAGCUUGCAGCCCGGAUGAAGGGCCGGAGCCUGCGGCCAGGCAGCAGGCUGGCCUCCAAAUCUCAGCCUAAACAAAAGCGCAGGGAGGACGUAGGGUCCAAGAAGAGGUAAAUGGCUCCAGGGGAAAGCCUGAGUGCCAGGACACAGCCCGUGUCCUGUACGGGGACGGAGGUGCACCUCUCCAUGUGCGCCUUCGAAUUCUACCGGGGCAACGCCUCGGCCACCUGCGGUGCUGGCAUGCCUGCCGUCGUCAGCUGCGUGCCCGGGCCCCUCUUUGCCACUGGCAAUGCCCACAAGAAGAAGCAGCGCCACCAGCAGCAGGGCCAGCCACGGAUCCGGCUGAAGGGUGGUGCAAAGGUUGGCGAGGGCCGCGUCGAGGUGCUCAAAAGCAACGAGUGGGGCACGAUCUGUGACGACCGCUGGAAUCUGCUGUCAGCCAGCGUGGUGUGCCGUGAGCUGGGCUUCGGCAGUGCCAAGGAGGCCCUCACCGGGGCACGCAUGGGCCAAGGGACGGGGCCCGUCCACAUGAACGAGGUGCAGUGCCUGGGCACUGAGAAGUCCCUCUGGAGCUGCCCCUUCAAGAACAUAACACAGGAGGACUGCAAGCACACGGAGGAUGCGGCUGUCCGCUGCAACGUCCCCUACAUGGGCUACGAGAACCUGGUACGCAUUGCCAGGGGUUGCCACGGCCGUGGGGCCAUGGCCCCCGGCGCGGGGCACUACCACAGCAUGGACAUCUUCACCCACUACGACAUCCUGACCCCCAACGGCACCAAGGUGGCGGAGGGACACAAGGCCAGCUUCUGCCUCGAGGACACGGAGUGUGAGGAAGAUGUGGCCAAGCGGUACGAGUGUGCCAACUUCGGGGAGCAGGGCAUCACCGUGGGCUGCUGGGACCUGUACCGGCACGACAUUGACUGCCAGUGGAUCGACAUCACUGAUGUCAAACCAGGCAACUACAUCCUGCAGGUUGUGAUCAACCCCAACUUCGAGGUGGCGGAGAGCGACUUCACUAACAACGCCAUGAAAUGCAACUGCAAGUACGACGGGCACCGCAUCUGGGUGCACAGCUGCCACAUCGGUAACAGCCCUGGGAUGCGGAACGGGAAGGGGGGCACCCUGGGGCAGGGGCUCCCUGCCAGCACAGCCAGCCAGUGA